UGGCGCUAUUCAGAUUUGUGAUGGGCGAAUGGCGAAGUGUGUGUGGACAUGGUGGACGGGGAGUCGUGUUUACCUUGACCACGAAUCUAUUUUUCUAGUAGUACUAAUGAUAGAACUGUUUGCACGUCUAACCUGAUACAUGUAUGUUUGUCAGUUUGGCCUUGGGUUUGGAGAUUACUGGCACUCUGCAGAUGAAAAAUGACGGCCGUCAGCCCACUUCGUGUUCCCAGCCAAACCAACCCACUGUAUUGCAAACCACACCAGCUGGCUAAUCCGUCCGCCAAAGGUGAAAGAGUCCAGUAUGAAAAACAGGAGUUUACUGAGUGGAUCAACAGGUACCUUCAACAGCUCUCCCCCUCGGCAAGGGUCUCAGACCUUCAAGAGGACUUGGCAGAUGGCAUCACUUUGCUGCGCUUUGUCCAUCAAAUAGCAUUUGAAGCACCUCCCUGUAUUCACACAAGGCCAGCCUUAUAUGUGCAUCGUCUGGAAAACACGGAAGCCUGCUUGUCAUUUCUGGAUAGACUAGGAGUGGACCUUAACGGGGUUUAUGCUGAAGAUGUUGCAGUAGGGAACAUCAAGACUAUACUGGCCUUGUGUCGUGCAAUGUACAUCCGCUUUGAAGGUGAAAUAAUGGAGGACCAUCGUUGUCUAAGUCCUAUGUUGUCAUGGAAACAUAAAUCACCAUCCUCGACCCUCUGUGCUUCCCUUCCCUCCGAGUCCACAUGGCCACAGUUUCCAUGGAAACAAGGAGAAGAAGAACUUCACAUGAGUUACCAGUGCUCUGCACCGGAGGUAGAUGAAACGGCUGCGACGGAGACUAGACCAGACAACAGCAUCUUCACCGUGUGGUACAAGGAGGACAUGGCGGUGAUUGGCUGGAUACGGAGACUACUAGGGCUGGAACUCAGAGAUUACUCAGAAUUUGCUGAUGGUAUUCUUCUGUGCGCCAUUGUGAACCAACUGUGGUCUAGCUGCAUUACACAAGAGGAGGUCCUCUACAGCACCCCUCUUGAGCGGCUGGAGAUUGCCACCGAGACUGCUGAGCACUUUCUGGGAGUACCCAGGACCGAGCUGGACCUCCAGGCAGUGUCCGUCGGACAGGGACGAGACACGCUGCCCUGGUACCUGCUGGAACUCAAAGCUGCAAGCGAACGGGUCUUUCAGGAACAUGUGGCAAUGGAAGAAGAAAAAAACAAGAGCAGAGACGAGGAAGAAGCUGUCAAUCGGAUGCGGCGGCAUCUCCUCCGGCAACACUCCAGAGAGAUAGCAUCGGUCGCACCAGCAAGUCAUCCCAUCCAGGAGACCCAACCAACCACUCGCAGACCCACGCCACUCGUCAAGGGUGGUCGGCAGAGCGCUGAGUACACAACAAAUGUCUCAAAGAUGGACAGAAGUUCACCAACAGCACCUUGGAUGGAUGAGAUGGACCGGAGAGCAUCUCAGAAAGCAAGACAGGAUGGCAGACAGGAUCGCAUCCCGGAGAUGCCACGAAAGACCAAGGAGACAAGGAGAGAUGCAGACCGAACAAGAUUGCCUGACCAACCGUCUACGCCGAAAUCUGCAGGGCAUCUCGAUCAUAUCCCGGCCACUUCAACUUCAUCAGCAUCUCCUAAAGAUGAGACAGUCAAGGCAGUUGAGCGGUUGGAGACCAGCCUGGUCUCUCUCAUGCAGGAGGAGACGAGAGAAUCCCCUUCAUCCGAUCAAGGAAUGCAACAUAAUCUUUUGGAGAAGCAGCAGAUCAGUAGCAGCGGUGCUCCCCUAGUCGUCUCGAAUCUUCACCCAUCCUUGAUGACUGCUCCCCCAAGAAGCGCAACACCAUCCUUGCCUAAGAAUCUUCCGCAGCCCAACAUCGCCACUUUCUUCUCGCCCUACUCCAUGCCUUUUGUCUCCGUAGAGAGGCGGGGUCCGGCUGCCAAGUUUGAUAACCCUUCCAGGAAUUCCUCUUCCAGCGUUGUCGAAGACGACAGCCUCGCAAGAGGCAAGCUAACCUCAUGGAGCGAUAAGAAUGUGAGAGAAAGUCAGAACAGAGACAAGCCAAGCAAAGAACCAGUGUUGCCACGGAAACCUCCCGGUAACAUCAGCGCCACCAUGCUGGCAAGAUUGGCUGCUAGAUCUCCAGGGGGGUUAGCUGGAAUGAGCUCUUCCGAUUCCGACGGCGACUGAUGACGGGGAAUUUUUGCCGAAUGGAACCCAUGUUAUGUUGCUGAACUGCAAGAGGCUUUUUAUUGCAGAGGUAAAUUCUUCUUCGGGUAGGUUAAGGUAAAGGUAUCCCAUAGCCAUUACUGGCCAUAGGGGCAAUGGGAUGUUAGAGGUCCACUGUGUCUUGGGCCCGGCAUAUGA